AGGUGGGGGCCUUUCCGACUCAAGUGAAUAUAGCUACUGUCUAUGAAGUGAACACAUCGGCCAUUGAAGAUAAGUUGAAGACAUCAGAGCUAAAGGCGACUAGUCCGAAAGAAGACAAUUAACAUAAUUAAAAUACCGUUACCCACCAAGUCCGUGCGGCUUGAUGUUCUGUGGCAGCGGAGACAUUUGAGUCUGUCGGCGUAUGUGCUGCGCCAGGUGUCGGGCCACAGAGUGUGGGAAAAUGCCAUCGUUUUCAUGGAGGGUCUGGCCUGCACUUGUGUUGCUUCUCUUCACUUCCACUGUGGCUGCUGAUGAGUCAUUACUACUGGAGGGCUGGCAAGAAGUCUGGCCCUUGCGCUUCCUCGUCAACAUGCUGGGAUACUUCACUAUCAUCAUCCCUGGCUACUUCCUCAUUAGCUACUUCAAGCGCACCAAUUACUUAGAAACAGGUAGUGGGUUUUGCUUUCCUGUCAUAAAGACCUGUGUGUUUGGUAGUGAGGCCAAAACAGGUCUGUUGGAUGACAUGUCGGUUGCACCCAGGAAAGAGGGUGAUUCAGGUUCGUCAGUCAGACAGGUCAUCAAAUUAAUCUUUUGUGCUGUUGGACUUCAGGUAUCGUACCUGACAUGGGGAGUCCUGCAGGAGAGGGUGAUGACACGUUCGUACGGAGCCACGACUCCAGAGGAGGAGGGUGAGCGAUUCAAGGACUCUCAGUUCUUGGUCUUUAUGAACCGUAUCCUGGCUCUGACGGUGUCAGGCCUUUGGUGCAUCCUGUUCAAGCAGCCUCGUCAUGGAGCACCCAUGUUUAAGUACUCCUUCGCCUCUCUCUCCAACAUCAUGAGCAGCUGGUGCCAGUACGAGGCCCUCAAGUACAUCAGUUUCCCUACUCAAGUCCUUGCCAAGGCCUCCAAGGUAAUCCCUGUCAUGCUCAUGGGUAAGAUCGUCUCCCACAAGAGCUACGAAUACUGGGAGUACUUCACCGCCGUGCUAAUCUCUGUGGGUGUCAGCAUGUUCCUGCUGUCCAGCACGCCCAGCAAGCACCCGUCCACCGUUACCACCUUCAGUGGGGUCAUCAUCCUCGUCGGCUACAUUGCCUUCGACAGCUUCACCUCCAACUGGCAGGACAACCUGUUCAAGUACAAGAUGUCGUCUGUGCAGAUGAUGUUCGGGGUAAACCUUUUCUCCUGCCUCUUCACCGUCGGCUCGCUGCUGGAGCAGGGGGCCUUUUUCGACUCGCUGGCCUUCAUGACGCGCCACUCCGAAUUCGCCUUACACUCCCUUUUGCUGUCCGUGUGCUCUGCAUGUGGCCAGCUCUUCAUCUUCUACACCAUCAACCAGUUUGGUGCUGCAGUCUUCACCAUCAUUAUGACCCUGCGACAGGCCUUCGCCAUUCUCCUCUCUUGUUUCCUCUACGGUCACGCCGUCACCUUAGUAGGUGGAUUUGGUGUUGGAGUGGUUUUCUUGGCACUUUUCUUACGGGUGUAUGCCCGUAGCCGCAUGAAGUCUGGCCGGCGGUCGGGGCAGCCGCUCCCACAGAAGGUGUAGCACUCCAAAGUCGCGCUAAACUGGGAACUGAGACCACAUUUUCUGUGGUGCUUUUUUGUCUAUUUGUGUGUAUCUUAUAGUUUUUUUUACUGUUCUUUUCCGUUGGUUUCUUCUUCGGCAAUGGUACAGAAAGGGAUUUUGCAGUUUUGACUCUUACACCAAGAUGCCCCCGGGGGGUCCAUGUGAUUUGUCAGGUCAGCUGUCACAGAAGUUUUGAGUGCCUGUAAGAUUGUCUCAUACACGGGUCCCAAACCCUAAACUUUGCAAACUGCCUCUUUACCUCUUUCACAAUUAAAUGGUAGAAUAUUUUCCCUAAACCACCGUACGUGGCUUGUGCAGCCAAUUACAGUUACUGUGACUCUGAAAGGUGUAUGUGAGCCGUAUGGCUAAGCAUUCAUUUUAAAGUGUCAAUGACUUUGCCCCUUACUUAACUUCAUCCCUACACUUUCUGUCUGUUGAGUAAUCUUUCAGGCACAAUAGCCAGAUGUUUAUCUCACAGUCCUCUAUGUUAGAGAGCAGGGGCCCUUAUGUGUUGUGAGAUUUUAUAUUUUAAAACUGUAAACAUAGCCUGCACACAAUACUGUUUAAUUCAAGGUAUAUUAAAAUGUCUACCAUGUGUAAUAAUAGAAGGGUGAAACUAACAGUUUGCCUAUUAAAUAGCACACUACUAUUAUUUUCCGCAGACAUCAGUAAACCAGAUGCUACCGUGGGUACUUUUUGCACGCCAUUAUUUUAGGAAAACAA